AUAUGGAGAUACACUGUUAUCUUGUUGAAUAUCGAUGGCGAAAAGUGAGUUAAAGGUGAUUGGAAAAUGGUCGAGUCCUUAUGCUAUGCGAGUGAAGAUUGCCCUGAACAUCAAAGCCCUUGAACAUGAGCACUUUGAAGAAACGUUGAACCCCAAAAGCGACCUUCUUCUUCAAUCCAACCCUGUCUAUGGCAAAGUCCCAGUUCUCCUCCACCAUGGCAGACCCAUCUCUGAAUCUUUGAUCAUAGUUCAAUACAUAGAUGAAACAUGGUCCACUGAUCCUCCUAUCCUCUCCUCCGAUCCUCACGAUAGAGCUCUUGCUCGCUUCUGGGCUGCUUACGUAGAUGAUAAAUGGUUUCCAUCCAUGAAAAGCAUUAUGACGGUUGAAGGAGAGGAGGAAAGGAAGCCAUAUUUUGAGGUGUUGGAAGAAGUACUUGAAAGGAUGGAGGGUGCUUUCUGGAAAUGCAGCAAAGGAAAGCCAUUUUUUGCAGGAGACAGGAUUGGAUUCCUUGACAUUGCUUUUGGGUGCUUCCUGGGAUGGCUCAGUGUGAUAGAACAUAGGUAUGAAAGGAAACUGCUGGUUGAAGCAAAGGCUCCUGCUUUGGUGAAAUGGGCUGAGAGAUUUGCUGCUGACCCUGCUGUCAAGGGGCUUAUACCUGAGACUGAUAAGCUUGUUGAGAUUUCCAAGUCUCUUCAGAUCAAAUGGAGAGCUGCAAUUGGCAAGAACUAGGAUUGGGUAGUGGGAGAUGUUUGUGCUGAUGAUGCAUUUCGCUUGUAUGAUGAAUUGUGUGGAAAAAUAAAACUCAUUUACUUUGGGUUCUGUUGCA